UCGAGUUGGAUCGGCUCGUAUUGUAGAGAAAUAUUUUAUUUUUAAGUUCAGACAAGUGAAAAAUGCGUGAGUGCAUAUCCAUACACGGCGGACAGGCCGGCGUUCAAAUCGGGAACGCGUGCUGGGAACUCUACUGCCUUGAGCAUGGCAUCCAGCCCGAUGGACAGAUGCCCUCGGACAAAACCGUCGGCGGCGGAGACGACUCCUUCAACACCUUCUUCAGUGAGACGGGAGCCGGCAAACAUGUCCCCAGAGCUGUAUUUAUAGACCUAGAACCCACCGUAGUAGAUGAAGUGCGCACUGGCACCUACCGUCAGCUCUUCCACCCGGAGCAGCUGAUCACAGGCAAGGAAGACGCCGCAAACAACUAUGCGAGAGGUCACUACACCAUCGGAAAGGAAAUCGUCGACCUCGUGCUCGACCGAGUUCGCAAACUCGCUGACCAGUGCACCGGCCUGCAGGGCUUCCUCAUCUUCCACUCGUUCGGAGGUGGCACCGGCUCCGGCUUCGCCUCGCUGCUCAUGGAGCGCCUCUCCGUGGACUACGGCAAGAAAUCCAAAUUGGAGUUCGCAAUCUACCCCGCCCCGCAAAUCUCCACUGCAGUGGUCGAGCCUUACAACUCUAUCCUGACCACGCACACGACCUUGGAGCACUCCGACGCCGCGUUCAUGGUCGACAACGAGGCCAUCUAUGACAUCUGCAGACGUAACUUGGACAUCGAGAGGCCGACGUACACUAACUUGAACAGACUGAUCGGGCAAAUUGUGUCUUCCAUCACUGCCUCAUUGAGAUUCGACGGAGCCCUGAAUGUGGACUUGACCGAGUUCCAAACGAACUUGGUGCCGUACCCUCGCAUCCAUUUCCCGCUGGUGACGUACGCGCCGGUGAUUUCGGCGGAGAAGGCGUACCACGAGCAGCUGUCUGUGGCGGAGAUCACGAACGCGUGCUUCGAGCCGGCGAACCAGAUGGUGAAGUGUGACCCGAGGCACGGGAAGUACAUGGCGUGCUGCAUGCUGUACAGAGGCGACGUGGUGCCGAAGGACGUGAACGCGGCCAUCGGGACUAUUAAGACGAAGCGUACGAUCCAGUUUGUGGACUGGUGCCCGACGGGUUUCAAGGUGGGGAUCAACUACCAGCCGCCGACGGUGGUGCCGGGCGGCGACUUGGCGAAGGUGCAGCGAGCGGUGUGCAUGCUGUCGAACACGACGGCGAUCGCGGAGGCCUGGUCCCGGUUGAACCACAAGUUCGACUUGAUGUACGCCAAGCGCGCGUUCGUCCACUGGUACGUGGGUGAGGGCAUGGAGGAGGGAGAGUUCUCGGAGGCGCGCGAGGACCUGGCCGCGCUCGAGAAGGACUACGAGGAGGUCGGGAUGGACUCCGGCGAGGGAGAGGGCGAGGGCGGCGAGGAAUAUUAACUUUACAAUUUGUAUGUUUUAUUUUUAGGACUAUUUUUCAUUUCUCGUAGGUCUAAAAUGUUGUUAUUAUUAUUAUGAAUUUAAUUAUUCUGAUUGUAAUGUAGUUUGGUGGCUGCCAAAUAAAUUCUGAA